GCCAGCCCCGGCCCUCGGCCCCGGCCCCAGCCCCAACCCCAGCGCCGGCCCCAGCCCCCGCCGCCCGCGGGCCGCCGCGCCGCCCCGCAUUGUCCCGGCGGUAGCGGGCAGGAUGCGGGAUCCCGCCCGGCCGCCCGCCGCCGGGCUGCGCUAGGGCCCGCCGGCAUGAGGAGGUCUGUCGAAGAUGCACUGGUCACCAGAGCAUGCCCAGUCCCUGAACCAGUGGCCGGAGCAGCACCUCGACGUCUCCUCCACCACCUCCUCGCCAGCCCACAAGUCCGACCUCUACCCCAGCACCCGCCAGCGCUUCAACUACGCCUGGGCCAACGACGACAUUUCGGCGCUCACCGCCUCCAACCUCCUCAAGAGGUACGCCGAGAAGUACUCGGGGGUGCUGGACGCGCCCUACGAGCGCCCGGCGCUGAGCGGCUACGGGGAUGGAGCCUUCGGGCCGGUUAACGGGCAGAAGGGCGACGGGGAGCCCUGGCCGGUGGCACACGGCUCCGACGGUGCCUACCCCUUGACCCCCAUCCACGAUGGCCUCCCCGGCGCCAAGGGGGUGGUGCCGCCCGCCGUCCCCCCCAGCGGCGGGGCCAUCGGGCUCGGCGGUUCCCCCGUGGUGUCUGCCAACCUCGCCGAUCCCAUGUACCCCGCUAACUCCUGCGGGGGAGCCGCUGCCGGCUCCGGCGGGCUCGGGGCAUCUCAGGAGUACCCCUCAGGCUACGGUGGCACCUACUUGCCCUCCGGCUACUGCACCCAGCCGGCGGCAGCGCUCCCCCCGCCGCACCCCCCUGCCCUCCAUGGCUCCGGGCUCCUGCAGCCCCCGCACCCCUCGCCCGCCCUGGUACCGGGCUACGGCUCCUCCGGCACGAUGUACAACUACGCCGCCGGCAGCUACCCGCCGCAGCCGGGCUACGGGACCAUCCACCCGCCCCAUCCCUCCGCCUCCUACCUGCCCUCCGGCAUCGCGGCGCCCACCCCCAUCCCGGCCCCGCCGCCCGCCGCCCGCCCGCCCGGGGUCCCUGGCUACGGCUACCAGGGGGCCGGCUUGGCCCCCCUGGCCGUGCCGCCCCUCGGCACCGAGGCGGCGGGCGCCCUGAAGAGGAAGGCUUUCGACAUCUCCGGCGGGGAGGACGAGGCGGAGGGCAGGUAUAGGAAAUACAGCUACGAGCAGCCAAAGUCCCCCUACCCCAUGUCGGACAACGGCGAGUGCCGGGGCAACGGGUUCAGCGGCAGCGCCGAGUCCCCCCAGGUGGCCUUCAAACCCGGGAAGCGGCCGGCGGGCGCUGGGAAUGCCGAGGAGCACGCCGGCAAGUACGGCGGGCAGCCGAUGAAGAGUAUGGUCUCGCCACCUUACGGCGCUGGGGACGCUCCGCUGCGGCCGGCGGAGCCCUUCGAGAAGUUCAGCCCCCCGCUCGCCAACGGGGAACAGGCAGCCGAGCCGGGACCCCCCUUCCCGCUGCGGCUGCCCCCCAAAGCGCCGGUCUUCGGCAGCCCGCCGGUGGAGGAGCAACCCAAGAACGUCGACCCCCUGGUCUUGGAGCUGGUGAACACCAAGGUCGUGGAGCGGGGGCCGCCCGUGCAGUGGACGGACAUCGCCGGGCAGGUCUCCGUGAAGGCCACCAUCGAGGAAGAGCUGGUGUGGCCCAUCCUGCGUCCCGGCGCCUACACCGGGGCGAGCCGGCCGCCGCGAACCAUCCUGCUGUUCGGUCCCCACGGCACGGGGAAGACCCUGCUGAGCCGGUGCAUCUCCACCCAGCUGGGCUCCACCUUGCUGAAGCUCAGUGGGAAGACCCUGCUCUCCACCUGGAAAGCCGAAGCCGAGAAGAUCCUGCAGACCGUCUUCUUCGUGGCCAGCUGCCGGCAGCCCGCGGUGGUGCUCAUCACCGAGGCCGAGUCCUUGCUGGUGGCCCGGGCUGGCGAGGACGGCAGCCAGGUGAGCAACCUCAAAUCCCAGCUCCUCUCCUACCUGGACAACGUGGCUACCUCAUCCGAGCAGAACGUGGUCGUCAUCGGGACCACCUCCCGGCCGGGCAGCAUGGACGAAGCUUCCCACCGGCGCUUCGCCAAGCGGUUCUACAUCUCCCCGCCGGACAGCAUCGCCCGGCGGCAGAUCCUCCAUCACGCCCUGGCUCAGCAGAACUCCUGCCUGAGCGAGCGGGAGAUGGCGUCUCUGGUGCAGCACACGGAGAGCUUCUCGGGCAGCGAGCUGGUCCAGCUCUGCCAGCACGCCGGGGCCACCACGCUGCACGGUUUGCCGGGCCAGAUCCAGCCCACCUCCUACCAGGACUUCGAGAAGGCGUUCUGCAAGGUCCACCCCGCCGCCUCCCAGAAGGAGCUGGACUUGUUCCUGGAGUGGGAUAAAAUGUACGGCACCAGGCACUGACGGCGCGGCAGCGGCGGGGACCGGGGCGGGGGGUGCGGGGACGGACCCUUCGCCCCCAGCCCGAGGCUCCGAGGUCGGUUUUGGGACUCGGCCGAUGAACGCAGGGUUUGGAGGGGCCGGGCUGGGGUCGGCGGGGGCUCCGGUUCUCCCCCAGAGCCACGCCGGGGCCGGACCCCCUCCUCCCGAAGGGCAGGAGACCCCCGGACAGCCCCGACGGCAGCACGACGUACCUCUUCUUGACUAUUUCGGACUCGGCCGGGCUUUUCCUCUCCUUGUUUUUUCGGAAGCCGUCGCCCACUGAACUCAGGAUAACCUAUUUAUUAUUUUCCCGUUCAUCCGUCCCUGGACCAGCGAUGCAGCGAGCGGGGCCGGAGGCGAGUCGGGAUCCGGCUUUCCGGCAUCGGAUGCACGAGCUCCCCCGUCUACCCAGAGGCUCAAUUUUUUUUUUUUUUUUUUUUUUUUUUUGAUUGCUUUUAUUGUUCCUAACAGAAAUACCUCGGGCGUCUUUUGAGCAAAGCAGCCCCCCUUGCACGUGGCACGAGCAGCCCGGCGGCGAUGUCCUUGAUCGGGGAAGGGGGUGGGGGGGGAGUGGGGGGGGGGGGGACACAAAACCAGGGGGUUUUGGAGUAAAAUGCUGUAGAUUGUUUAAUAUACUAGACUUGGUUUUUUAUUUUUGUAAGGUAUGUAGUAUUUUUUUGUUUUUUCUUUUUAACUACUCAGGAAAAGAAUUACCUCAGAAAAAAAAAAAAAAAGAAUGUGUUUUUAAAAACUCUUUUUAUCUUCUCAGAAAAGGAAAAAGAGAUUUUUAAGAGUUUUCAGACCUGGGACAAAGCUGCCUCGUGUGUUUGCUUCCAAAAAGGGUGACAGAAAGAAGGAAGAAAGAAAAAAAAAAAAACUUGAAGCUGUUACAAAGAUGAAAGUUGAAUGUAUUUUGGGUGCUUUUCACGUAUAUUAUGCCAUAAUUUUAUUUUAAUUUUUUUUUUUUUUUAACAUUGUUAUUGUAGCGUUUGGUGGAGUAACGUGUCUUCAACGGAAAGAGUAUUAGUGCUGUAGUUUGGAAGCUGUCGCUAGCACCACUUUUUGGAUCAGGUUGGGUCCGUCACCCUCCAGCAUCUCCCGCUGCAUCCCGGGGCUGGGGCCCGGGGGUGCGGGGAGGGGGCACCCACCCCUGUGCAAGGCUGGGGCCGGGGGGUGGGAUCCUCCUCCCGGUGUCAUUUUUGCACUGGGGAUGGGGCCGCGGGGGAGGACGAGGGCACGGCGCUCCCUUUUCACAUGAAAUAAGGGAUUUUUUUUGGCUUCCCACCGCAGUCACCACCUCUGCGCACCGAGAAGCCCCGGCAGAGGCUGACGGUGGCCGCAAAAUUUGGGGAAAUCACUUUUCCCCCCCCCAAAAAAAAGUCUAGCAGGGCUGAUGAUGGGCUGCAGGGUUUUGCCCUGGGUGCUCCUUGCCCUCCCCUGGGGGGGGGCCGGGCUGCGGGGGUCAGGACACAGCCCAGCUCCCCCCUUCUUGCUGACCACCGGCGGAUGAAAAGCUGCGUUACACAAAGCAUGAACCCACUGCACGUCCACCUGACCCCCCCCGCCCCAAAACCCGCUUCGCAUCGCCGGGUGGGGUUGGGUUUUUUUUCCUCAAUUAAAAAAAAAUAUUAAUUUUUUUUUUUUUCUUUUUUUAGAGCUCUAUAUUGUACUGGGGGGAGGCAGCUGCUCCGGGGCUGCCCAGCCAGCCACUGGCACCGGCCGCUGCUCAGAGCAGCCCCCCCCAUAACCUCAGGGUCUGCGCACGCAGAGAGGACGCAUCCCUCGCAGGGGCUUCCCCCCCCCCCAAUUGCAGAAGUGAUGCAUCUGCCAGCUUUGGGAUGUUUUCCCAAUUUUUGUUGCAGUUUCCCAUUUAAGCGUGCACGGGAGUGCGCAGGCAGCUGCCUGUGUGCAAAGGGCAUUACCGGGGCAGAUGCCCCCCACCCCGGCUUCCAAAAAGUGGUACUGGGUUCCUGAAGACUUUUUAUUAUUAUUAUUAUCAUAUUUGACUUUGUACACUCUCUGUAACCAUUUCUACCUCAUUUUGCAACAUAUUGUACAUGAAAGUAUUUAAUUCAUGUCUUAUUAAUGUCUGAAAAAGAAAUGCUUUUGAACUGUAAUGGUCUACCUCAAGAAAUGCUGUAUUUUAAAAAGAAAAGUAUUACACAGUAUUAAAGAGAUUACAUGAA